UACGAGAUUUUGGCAAGCGCCGGAGAAAAGGGUAAACGAUUGCGCAACCCGCCAUUUCCAGACACGUCUUCAUCACUCUGCUUCUUCACCACCUGAACAGUGAAACACCGUCUCUCUCCCUCUCCCCCCGUGUUCAACGACGUGGCCAACUCCUCGAUCGAUUGAUCCGCCGGCAACAUGAGCGGCACGCUCGAGUUCUUUUAUGGCGUCGGGAUCUACCUCGUUGUCCUCACCCUCAUCACCCUCUUUGCCCUCGCCUCCUACCUCUGCGCCCGCAUCUGCGUCCUGCCGCCCCGGAGCCACUCCCUCGCCGCGGCGGAGGACGGCAGCUACUCCGUUGCAAUCGCGCUUGGCCUCGACGAGGCCACGCUGGGGAGCUUCCCGACGCUCCUCUACUCUCAGGCGAAGGCCGCGAGCUGGACCUGCUGCUCCAUUUGCUUGUCAGAGUACAUGGAGACGGACGUGCUGAGACUGCUGCCGGACUGUGGCCAUGACUUCCACUCGAAGUGUGUCGAUCCGUGGUUGAGAAUGAGCCGGUCGUGUCCGAACUGCAGGACCUUGUCGGUUCCAACUCCGGUCCGGAUACCCCUGGCUGAGGUUGCGCCUUUGGCGACGUCGCUGCGGUGA